ACCAAAACAACAGUUCUAUGACAACAGUCGUAAUUCAUGACUUGUUUGAACGUGUAAUAUUUACGCAAUACAAUCAAAAUAAGUUUUCAUCGUGUUUUAAAAUAAUGGAAGAAUUUGUAAAUGUUUCUGUUAGAAUAAGACCACCAUCAAAAGAAGAAAUAUUAAACAGUUCGUUAAAAGUUAUUAACAAACAACCAGCGAUUUUGCUACUAGUUGAUAAAUCCCAGUCAUACCAUUUUGAUAAUGUAUUUACUUAUGAGACGACACAAAAAGAGAUUUAUAAUGACACUGUAAAACGUUUAGUUCAGAAAGUAAAAGCUGGCUAUAACUGUACGGUUUUUGCUUAUGGGCAAACUGGCACUGGUAAAACAUACACAAUUGGUACAAAUCCGGAUAUAAAAAAUGAGAGCGAGGCUGGGUUAAUAUCGAGAGCUUUGGAGGAUUUUUUUAAUUGUGCUGAUGAAGAUAAUGAAGUCGAAAUUACCAUUUCAUUCAUUGAAAUUUAUAAUGAAAAAGUGUUUGACUUGCUAGAGUCAAAUAAACCCAAACACCCUCUUCCUAUAAAGGGUUUCACAGUUCAAGGCUUUACAAAAGUGAUGGUUCACAACAUGAAUGAAGCUCUACGAUAUUUACAAGGUGGAAGUCGACAACGUCAUAUAGGAGGAACAAAACAAAAUACAAAUAGCUCCAGAUCACAUGCAAUUUUCUCCAUUCAUUGUUGCAUUCGCAAUAGUGAAUUCGAAACAGUUGCAAAACUGAAUUUAGUAGAUCUAGCAGGUUCUGAAAGUGUUCGAAAGACAGGUAAUCAAGGGUCUAGUUUUUAUGAAGGGGUUAAUAUCAAUAAAGGAUUAUUGAGUCUUGGACAAGUCAUGACAGCAUUAUCAAGUAAUUCUGGUCAUGUUCCAUAUCGACAGUCAGUAAUAACAACCAUUCUUCAAGAUUCCUUGAAUAAGAGGAAUUUUAUCUCGCUCAUUGCUUGUGUUAGUUCUAAUUCAGAUGAUUUGGGAGAAACUUUACAGACGUUAGAAUUUUCAAAUCGCGUCAAGAAAAUGAAAAAUAAACCUGAAGUAAAUGAUUUUAUUGUACAGUAUCGUAAAGAUAAUCCAACACUAUUUACCAACAAUGGUCCAAAACUACAGACACCUUUAAAGAGGUCAAAUGGCUUGUUACAUGAGACUCCAUUUAAAAAACGUAGAAAUGUUUUGCCUUUGAUUCACGAACCUGCUCUUUCUGAAAAUGACUCAAAAUUUGAUAUCUCGCCUCUGUUUUCCUCCAGUAUGACCUCUGUAACAAGUGAUCAUCAACAAAAUUUUAGUCCUGUGCUUAGAAAAUACAUGAAUCAGAUGGAAAGCUCGUUGAUGAAUAAGUUGCAAGAUGUCAUUACAAGUACAAUGAAACGCCCCGCACGAAUAAAAUUUCCGAAAGAAGACAAAGAAAAUGAAAUGUGUGCCAGAUUUGACAAAGAUGCUAUGUCUGACGAUGACGGAGCCAAAUUGAUAACUAGUGGAUCUGGUUCCUCAAUAACAACUGAAAGUCCUGUAUUUGCAAGGGACAAUCCACACAUUUUGAAUUGUAGCAGAACUGAUAGAUAUUCGAAUAAUAACAAUUCAUUGUAUCAUGAAAGCAGCCAUCUGAACGCGGAAAGUGAUACAAUUUUUAAAGUACCUGCACCAGUCGCUAAAACAAAUAACUUAAGAAGAAAAAAUAGUGUACAAUUACAACCAAAGAAGUCAUGUGAUACACAAUUAGAUAAUACCUUCAGAAGACGAAGUCUAAGAAUUCAGAUGAAAAAUGGUGAAGUAAAUGAAAACGAUAAAAUCAGUGCAAAGGAGAAUAUAUCCAGACGGCGUAGUGUACGAUUACAAAUGAAAAAAGUCAACAGCGGUCAUGACGACACACUACCGUUAGAUAGUCCUGAGCAACAAUCAAAAGAAUCGACAAGAGUUUAUUCACCUUCUCUUGCAUGUACCUGUAAGAAGGCCAGUAGAUCUCAAACGUUAAUAGUAAGUCCGCAAGAUAACCUUCUAACCGCUCGAAAAAAACAGAUUUUGACUAUACUAAACGAAGGAACUCUUCGCCAACUAGAAAAAUUACAUACAGUUGGUACUAAAACUGCUGAAAAAAUAUUGUUGUUCAGGUUGUUAAAGGGCAAAUUCAAGUCAAUAUCUGAUCUGAAAGAAAUGCCCUACUGGACGGAAAAAAAGUACGACAAAUUUAUGGCAGAAAAUUUUUUACGAAAUUAAUUACCACAAAAGCAUAGCAGAAAUAGGGUUUAAAACUGAAUAUAAUACAUGGGUACAAAUGAGUAAAUUAAAUAGUUCUACAAGAGUGAUUUUUAUGUUUGUUAUAUGUUUGUACAAAAAUACAGUUUUAUUCAUCCAAA